AUGAGCCGGGAAGAACGCCGUGCCGCCUUGAACUGCAUUUCAUCUAAGCGUGGCCCACGGCCGUGUAGGGUUAUCCUUGUCUCCAUUGGUGCGGGUGGGAGUGGUCUCAACAUCACCGCUUGCAACCACGUCAUCCUCAUGGAACCGUGGUGGAACCCCUACGUUGAGGCAAGUUCCAUCUCCCGUGCAUACCGUUCAGGCCAAAACCGCAAUGUCCACACCUACCACCUCGUCGUUCAAGACUCGAUCGAGGAGAACAUUGUAACUGUGAGUUCUCGCUUCUGGAUAUUGUCGUUUUGUCACCUGACGUCCGCUUUAACAGAGGCAAACGGAGAAGCGGACAAUCAUUGGGAAUUUUAUGAGCCUUUGUGCCAUCCCCGACGUUCCUGA